AUGUCUUACCAGCCAAGUCCUUCAAAUCACGAUGGAAACGACGACCACCGUAACCGGCGACUAUACAACCCUUACCAAGACCUUAAAGUUCCUGCACAAACCCUAUACAAACUCCCAACGUCCCCUGAAUACCUCUUCCAAGAAGAAUCCAUCGCUCAACGCCGUAGUUGGAGUGAAAAUCUCACAUACUACACCGGUAUCGGUUACCUCGGCGGCGCCGUACUCGGUGCCGGAAAAGGUUUAAUCGAGGGAGUCAAGGCUUCUGAAGCCGGAGAUACCAUGAAGCUUAGAGUUAAUCGGAUCCUUAACGCCUCGGGUCACUCUGGUAGGCAGAUCGGGAAUAGGGCGGGUGUGAUCGGGUUGUUGUAUGCCGGUUUGGAGAGCGGGAUGGUUCAUAUUCGGGAUACAGAUGAUAUUAUCAACAGUGUGGUGGCGGGGUUGGGUACCGGAGCGCUUUAUAAGGCGGCGGCAGGUCCUAGAUCCGCCGCAGUUGCUGGAGCUAUUGGUGGAAUAACGGUAGGGCUGGCAGUGACAGGGAAGCAGGUUUUGAAGCGAUACGUACCCAUCUAA